UCUUUUUUUUUAAUUUUAUUUUUAUAAACAGGUCUGAAUUAAGUUUGAGAUAGAGAAACUUUCUUGGUGCUAGUGAUUUCGUUUCGUCUGUCAGUAUGCUUGUUAUGUACUCAUAGAUAUUCAGUAACACAUGCAGCGUCAGGACUCUGUUGAUAAUUGAGGGCACUUGGUGGAGAGAGAGAGAGAGAGAGAGAGAGAGACAGAGACUCUGCGUCUUGGCACGGGUGGAGAGAGAGAGAGAGAGAGAGAGAGGGGGCAUCCGCGACUCUGCGUCUUGGCACGGGUGUAAUCAUUAGUACAAAACGUUUUGCAACGGGAACCAUUUACUACAAACGAAAACGUUUUGCAUUAAAACGGCACUUUUGUAUUGGACAAAUUCAGCUAGGUCUCUCCCCGUUUGGUUCCGUUUUCUUCCAUUUGGUUCCUGGUUAAUAAUACACAACAGGCAAUGCUCUGACGUCACAUGUCAGAGUCUCAACUAAAGCAAGCCUAAUCGAAUUGAGACUUUAGAUAAUAUAUAUAUAUAUAUAUAUAUAUUAUGGUUGAAUCAGUGGAUAUACUUCCCGGGACAGAGUAACUCUUUGUUUGGAGCCAAAAUCAUGAAAGCACAGGUGGCAGAGUAACCGCAGGACAUCGAGGCUGUUCUUUGCUGGGGUCCUCCCUUCAGACUAUUUCUCUCUUUCAUCCUCCCUUUCCCAAACCCGCUUGCCUUCCUUUCACUCUUCCUUUCUUUCUCCAACUGCACAUCAGUCCCUCCAUCCUUCCUUGUCUCUAACUCCACCCAGUGGCGCUGCCAUCAUGCGUCGGUACAGCUCCGAGGGGUCUCUACUCGAUAUGGAUUUCCUGCCGUGGAGGAAAGUACCUGUGAAGGGCCACAACUACCACAGCCGGGACGGGGAGUCAGGUACCUACACCCCCCACCUGGAGGACAACGAACUGGAUGGUCGAACCACCUCUUUCCCCCCUACCCCUACCAUCGUGGAGCCUGGAGCCAGCCCUGGGAGGACGACGGGGAGGGGGGAGCUGCGCAAGGAUCACAGCGUCAGUGUGGAGAACUUCACAGAACUAGGGAAGCUAGAGGGUAGAGGUUUUCUUGGAGUGGUGAACCUAAAUGAAUGUAGGGCAUAUAGUGAUGGGCAGUUGGUGCCGGGGACGACGGGCCGCAGCACAGAGAGCGUGGGCAGCGACGACCAGCCACCACCCUCUCCCUCGUACUCACCCUCUGGCUCCAGCCCCUUGUCCUUCAAAUCACAGCAACGGUCACACACCAGAGCCAAGCUGUCAGCAGCCAAGCUACACCUGAAGAGCCUGUUUGGGCAGAGUCCCCAUUCAUCACAUUCCAACCUGUUUAACCCAGAACAGAAGGAACAGAAAGAACAGAAGGACAGUGCUAAAGAGCGGAGAUCUCGCCUCCCGUUGAUGCACCAGUGGAGUCAGGUGGGCCACAGCAACGCCAAGUUCAGCCGGGUGGAACUUGAUAAGUGGGCUGAAUCGCUGGACGACCUCCUGGCCAGUCGGACGGGUGUGUCUGUGUUUGGAGCAUUCCUUCGCUCAGAGUUUAGUGAGGAGAAUCUGCAGUUCUAUCUGGCCUGUGAGCAGUACAGAAACUCGUCCAACAACUUCAGCCUGCACAAACGGGCCAAGGCGAUCACUGCCACCUAUAUUGAUGCGGGAGCGCCACGAGAGGUGAACUUGGACAGUAAGACCAGAGAUCUAACCACACAGCUCCUACAGGCCCCAUCACACACCUCCCUAUCCCACGCCCAGAAACGCAUCUACUCCCUCCUGGAUACAGACUGCUACCCUCGCUUCCUCCAGUCCACCAUCUACCUCACCCUGCUGGGCCAGGCUGACUAGAGACUAACGGCUCCAUUCAAUCCGUAUCGUGGAAGUUCAGCACUAUAGCCUCGAUUGAAAUGUAUAGGCAAUGUGCCAGCGUUCGGGGAGACUACGUUCACGUUAAACGCUGUAUAUGAUGGCUCAAUCUGAAAUGACUUUUACAUUUCAAUCACGCUGUAGCGUUGAAUUUUCUGCAAUACGAAUUGAAUGGGGACCUAAGGCUUUGUCCCUAUUCUCCACUCUCCACCCUUCUCCUAAAGUGUACACUUGCACACUAUCUUACAUGGAUUUAACAAUGGUGGAAAGGAAACUCCAAUCCAGUGCUUUUGAAUCUAUGAUGGGUGUGUAAGUGCUUACUGGGAAAGGGUGGAAAACUGAGACCUAUCUGUUGUGGAUAUAGGGUAGGACUGUUGCAGGAGAUGCAGUUACAUAAUGUUGAGUUAAAGAGGGUUUGGGGUUUAGUCAUUCACGUUAAUGAGCAGGGUUGUGUUCAUUUGGGCAUGGAACAGAAAAACCUUUUCAAUGUUUUUCAAAGCAAAACGAAAAUGAGAGUUCCUUAUUGGACAAGUCCAGGUAGUCCCUUUCUGUUUCAGUGCCUAAUGAACAUGACCCAGGGCGUUCUGUUAGGUUCUGUUCUGCUUCGGGUGUGAAGUAGCUUGGGGAAAUGACAGCUGGGAAUGCCAUGGGGUUUGGAUUGAAGGAGCUUGCCAAUCGAUCAACAGAGGUUACGAGACAGGGACCUAUUUUUUCCACGACUUAACGAGUGCGAAACUGCCGAUAUCAUUGUCUGUUAUCAUUAAACAUCCUCUUUUUGUUGGCAUCAUUCGUAGCAGAGCAGCUAAGAAGCC